AUGGCCAUCAACUCAGCUCCUGAGACCUCCCUCCUCUCCCUCCUUUACCGGUCCUACCCCGCCGCCAUCUCGCCUGAUGCCACGGAGCCCGACCUCCUGCACGCGAGCCCCAAGAUCUUCCCGCAAACCGAAUUUUCCACCUCCGAGCACGCCGACAUCAAGCAAUGGCUGGCGACGAUCUCGGGUCUCCAGAGCGCCCUCACCAGUGAUGACAAGGCCGCUGUUUCGCAGAUCCUCUCGCAACUGAACGGGCACCUGGCCUCGCGGACGACCCUGCUCGGUACCAAGCCCUCUGUCGCUGAUAUCUCCGCGUAUGCGCUUUUGGGCCCUGUAGUGGAGAAAUGGACCCCCGAGGAGCGUACUGGUGAGAAGGGAUACCACCACAUUGUUCGUCAUGUGGAUUUUGUGCAGAACAGCCGCCUGUUUGGAUUGCAGAUCCCCGAUGAGGAGAAGGUUGGCGUUGACCUGGACGAUGUGCGCUUCUUCCCCAAGCCCGUUGAUCCCAAGGAGGAGAAGGAGCGGAAGAAGAAGGAGAAGGCUGCUGCUCAGAACCCUGCUGCCGCUGGCGAGUCGAAGACCGUUGUUGUCGGACAGGGCAAGUCUGAGCAGGCCAAGGGCGAGGAGGCCACUGGAGGCAAGAAGGAAAAGAAGGACAAGAAAGAGAAGAAGGAGAAGCAGCCUAAGCAGCCCAAGGCUGCUCCCGCACCUGCUGCCCCGCCAUCGCCUUCCAUCAUUGACCUGCGCAUUGGUCAUAUCCUGCGCGCUGUGAACCACCCCAACGCCGACUCGCUCUAUGUCUCGACCAUCGACUGCGGUGAUGCCCCCGGCACUGAGAACACCUCGUUGGAUGAAGCCACAGGAAAAACCGUGCGAACUGUGUGCUCCGGUCUGAACGGCCUGGUUCCCCUGGAGGAGAUGCAAAACCGCAAGAUCGUCGCCGUCUGCAACCUCAAACCCGUGACCAUGCGUGGCAUCAAGUCCUGCGCGAUGGUCCUCGCCGCCUCUCCCCGCGUCGCUGAGGGUGAGGACUCGCACGCCGGCCCCGUCGAGCUGGUCAGCCCGCCUCAGGACGCACCGGCUGGUGAGCGUGUCACCUUCGACGGCUGGAGUGAGGGUGAGCCGGAGAAGGUUCUGAACCCCAAGAAGAAGGUGUGGGAGACUUUCCAGCCUGGAUUCACGACUACGGAGGACUUGGAGGUUGCGUUUGAUAGCAGCGCUGUGCCAGCUGUGCAGGGCCAGGAGGGCAAGCCGGCUCUGGGCAAGCUGCUCACUGCGUCCGGUGGUCUUUGCAAGGCUAAGACCUUGAAGAAUGCUGCUGUUCGGUAG